AUGGCUGAUAAGAUGGAUCGCGGUCUCGAUGAGAUCAUCGCUGAUACUCGCGCCAAUCGACCUCGCAACCACCGUGGCCAAGGUCGCCGACGUGAACCCCGUAACGACUACCCUCGCGAUGGUGUUAGAAAGUCCGCUCGCGACGAUUCACGAAACCUUGAUAGCGAAUGGGUCCACGACCGAUUCGAAGAGAACAGCAACCGCCGAGCUCCUGCUCCUCGCCGCCGCCGCGAAUCCCCAGACCAGGAGUCCAAGGGCGCCAAGCUCAGAGUCGAUAACAUUCACUAUGAUCUCACUGAGGAAGACCUCGAUGAGCUAUUUCGAAGAAUUGGUCCUAUCGUUCGCCUUCAGCUACGGUAUGACCGCGCUGGGCGAUCGGAGGGCACUGCUUACGUGACGUACGAACUGAAGGAGGACGCUCAGGAGGCGGUCAAACAGUUUGAUGGCGCGAAUGCCAAUGGUCAACCCAUUCGAUUGACUCUGCUACCUUCGCGAAACCCGUUUGAUACUGCCGUUAUGCCCGGCCGUCCACUAGCAGAGCGAAUCUCAAGCCCGGGGGAACGAAGAUCCCAUUCUCCCCAUCGCCGGUAUGAUGACGAUGAUGCUGCCCGCAGAGGAAUUGAUAGAUAUGUUCCCGGCCAGGGUCCUCGUCGCAGCCCAAUGCCUAGACAGGGUGGCCGGGGCCGAGGUCAGGGUGGUCGUCGCCCUGGAGCUCGACGCGAUGGCAGAGAUGGAGGCAGAGAUCAGGAGAGCGGACGCGGCGGACGAGGCAACCCUCGUGGAAAGAAGACACAGGAGGAGCUGGAUGCAGAGAUGGCGGAUUACUUCGGCGGCGGUGACAACGCGCAGGCCGCAGAACCUGCUGGCCAGCAAGAUGCACCCCCCGCUCAAACACAGGCACCUGCGCAGACUCAAGCUCAAGCUGCGACCGACGAUAUUGACAUGAUCGAGUAG